AUGGAUACCUAUAUGGACGAAAUCAGGCGUGUACUGGAUCAAAUGAAUGUUAAUGAAAGUGAAAAUAUACUCGAUAAAUUUGAAAAUGAGCAAAAAGGAAACUUGGGCUCGUCAACCGAGCGAUUUAGCUCGAACUCUUAUGACAACCUCUCUUCGAUCGCCAUGCAGCGAGGUGCAUCUCAAGACUCAGACAUCUCAAGCACUUCUUCGCAUAUAUCAAUGAAGGAUUUACGGGAUAAUCUAGAAGUGAUAUGUUCCUUGGGUGAGGGCGCCAGUGGCGAGGUGGCCAAGGCGUGCAUCAAGACCACUGGACAAAUAAUUGCACGCAAGACUAUUACUACCUCUCCUGAUCCUACGAUCCACCGUCAGCUACUACGUGAAUUGAAUAUUAACAAAAAUUGUCACAGUCCUUAUAUUGUGCAGUACUUUGGCGCUUUCUUUGAACCUGAAAGUGCAAGUAUUACCAUUUGCAUGGAAUAUUGCAAGGCUGGGAGCAUGGACUCUAUUUAUCGCCGAGUCAAGGGGCGCGGUGGUCGUGUAGGUGAAAAGGUGCUUGCAAAGCUGGCUGAGUCGAUUUUGAAGGGACUUGAGUAUCUGCACCAACAGCGCAUCAUUCAUCGAGAUGUGAAGCCCAGUAACAUCCUGGUGACGCAAGAGGGCCAAAUGAAGCUGUGUGACUUUGGUGUCUCGGGCGAAUUAAUCAACAGCGUGGCAGGCACUUUUACUGGUACUUGUACUUAUAUGGCUGUACGUACUAGAUUCUGA